AUGUAUGAUGCUGCAGAGUUACAGAAGGAAAUGUGCAUGAGUUCACUGAAAAGAGCAUUAGAUGACAUAGAAUAUAAUGCUUGUGGAGCCGAACCUUUGAAAAAGAAAACCCGGUUACCUGUUUUAAAAAUGCACAUAGAGGGCAGCACAAGUUGUAAAAAAGCCAAAGUAGGUGCCCAUACUCAUUGCAGACUACAGAGUAAUAAGAAGCAUUUUCAAAAUGCUCCUCCAAAUCAUUCGUUAAAUGGAUUGUCAUAUACUGCAGUUUUGCAAGGUUCUGAUUAUGAAUGCAAAACAGACAAAUCUACUGAUCUCACCAUUAAAAAGGAGCAAGCAAAGCGUUCAUCAGAUACAGAUUCUUUGCCAAAUCACACACCAGAGGAAUCAGAUGUAAAAAAACGUAAGGUUGACCAAACACUCAGAGAAACAGAAUCAGAAAAUCAUCAGGAUUCCACAAAACCAUCUAAUGAACAGAACACAACAGAGGCAAUGUGUAGUACAUCACAGUACACAGAAUACCCAAAACAGGUUGCACACUUAUGUGGAAUUGCAGACUAUAUGAGAGUACAGCAGAAUUACACUAUUCAGAAGAAUGUUGCUUUUGCAAGAAAAAUUUUUGUGUAUUCAAGUGAUAGAAGUGAAUAUGAUUAUGAUAAAAAUGGUACUAGUGAUAAUGAUAAUGAUGAUGAUGAUGAUGAUGAUGAUGAUGGUGGUGGUGAUGGUGAUCUGUAUGAUGACAAUGGUGGGGGUCUGUAUGCUGCUGAUGAUGAUGUUGACAAUGAUGAUGAUGAUUAUGAUUAUGAAUAUGUCAAUCCUGAUACAGAAGUUCUUUCAAAACGACAUAAUUUACAGAUGGCUGAUUUCUUCACACUGCAGAGAAAUUGUGAACCGAGUGCACUGAAUGUAUUAAAGCCACAGUCUGGGGAGGUGCAACCUACUGAGCAAUGUCAGACCACUUCAUUUGGAAUAGGCUUGUUCUGUAAGCAGCCUAUUAAUAAUACUUACUUUAAUUAG